CCUCCACCCUGACGUGCGGGGAAACUAACGCUAGCUGUUGGUUCCAGCGGUGGGAGGAGGAUGGAGAUGCCGGAGAAAUAGCAGACGACGGAACGUCGACUCUGGUGCUUCCCCACCAAACAUUAACAGCGACAGACCAUGAUUGAGAUGUUUUACGCCACAGACCUGAAUACCAAAUUGCCUUCGACAAUCAAGAGAUAGCCAGUCUGCUGGAUGGAGACCCAGGAGGACUGACAGAGUCUCUUUCCCCCAUGGGUGACGCACCAACAGUCUGAGAAAAUGCACUGGGCCGGCAGAUCUGUUUUUCUGGUACUGGCGACCCUUAUCGCCUCUCGCACCACCGGGGCCUUAUCAGUGGACAUGGACGGAAACCGUACAGAAAAUGGCACUGUGACAGACGGCGGAUUUGUCCCAGUUGUGUUCACAAAAGUGAACCAGAUAAUUGCUCGGGAGGGUAGCUGCGUGCUGAUUGACUGCAAUGUUACCGGAGACCCGUUCCCCAGUGUUCAGUGGUUCAACUCCCAUGGAGACCGCUUGGAUACAGAGACAAAUGGUGGGAAGUGGUGGCUGUUGGACGGUGGUGUCCUCAACAUCACCAGCAUCGAGUUUGCAGACCGUGGAAAGUACACCUGCAUGGCAUCCAACGUUCACGGCAGCUCCAACUGCACAGUGACGCUGCGUGUGGUCUUCACUAACGGGGACAUGGGCGUGUAUUACAUGGUGGUAUGUCUGGUUACCUUCACCAUCAUCAUGGCCCUGAACGUCACACGCCUCUGCAUGAUGAGCAGCCACCUGAAGAAGACGGAGAAAGCCAUCAACGAGUUCUUCCGCACAGAGGGUGCCGAGAAGCUGCAGAAGGCCUUCGAGAUCGCCAAGCGAAUCCCCAUCAUCACCUCGGCUAAGACGCUGGAGCUGGCCAAGGUGACGCAGUUCAAGACCAUGGAGUUUGCGCGGUACAUCGAGGAGCUGGCUCGCAGCAUCCCGCUGCCGCCGCUCAUCAUGAACUGCCGCACCUUCAUGGAGGAGAUCCUGGAGGUGGUGGGGGUGGAGGAGAUGAGGCACACCUUUGUCAGACAGGCGCCCGAGGGAUGCCGCGAGGGACCGAGCAGGGCCAUCGGGGCGAGAGACGUCUUCACCAUCCUGCAGGAGAGGGAGAGGGAGAGAGAGCGGGGGCGAGAGAGGGAGCGCAGCGAAUCGCCCGCUGCCGACUCAGACAACUCUUCAGUCCACGAGCAGCCGCAGCACAUCGCCAUCCAGGUGUCGGUCCACCCGCAGCUCGCCAUCAGCGGUUACUGCAGCAUCGAGGCCCCACCUCAGCCAGAGGCUGCACCCUCCUCCCCUCCCCCCUCCUCCCCUCCACCGCUGACUCCUCUUCACCAGGAGGCGCAGCCCGAGGCGGAGGGACAAGACAGCCAGCAGGCUGCGCCCGAACCGACAGACGCAAGUAAGACCCCGUCCUGCCAGGUGUUCUACGAGAGCCACGUGUGACGAAAGGAACGGACCCUGGAGGACGAGUUAUCUGCUAUGCAUUUCCACUUGAAGACAAAAGGUCAACAAAACAUUUUUAAUUUCACAUUUUUGAGAAAAAUCACUUUUUUUUAUCUUUUCUGAAUGGAUCUCUUGAAACCUUUCUAGGCUGUUCUGAGAAUCCAUCAUGAGGUUUUUAGACACUCUGGACUUUCAUGCUUGAAUGUACACGGGAGGGGUAAUCGAUAUUAUCGUUAAUGUAAUAGGCAGCGAAUUGUACUGGGACAUUUCCUGUGUUGAGAUUUUCAUAGCUCAGACUAUUAUUUAAAGAAUUAGGGUACUUCACUCUCGGGGGAGAAAGGUUUUUUCGGUUUUUAGUUUCUUACAGUGCUAGGGUUUUUAUGACUAACUCCAGAAAUCUGCCUCAAGCUGCUCUUCAUGCUGUUUUUCAAGCCAUGAAAGCUCAGCUUCCUUCAUCCGCUCAAGAAUUCACAUCCAGCUACUGUUACAGCUGAUCCGCUGUUAUUGUACAAUGUUCUGCUCACCUAGAGAUGCAUGCUGGACUGAAAAAAGAUUCGAGAGUUUGGUCAUCAUUUCAUGAUUGUAUGGCCUACUGUAUUUCUACAAAACAAGAAGUAAGCCGGGUGAUUCUGUGUACAGUAUAUUUCCUGAUUGGGUCAUACACACCUCUGGGUAGAGUUCUUGUCCGUUUCUUUUAAAAUAUUAAGUAUUAUUACCCAUUGUGGUGUGAUUUUGUUUCGCAGCUAGUUUAAGCUGUUUUCUUUGUUUUCUUCCUCCUCAGUAGAGAGAAGUAGCGUCCUUUCCUCUGCCAUGUGCUUUUCCUUUUCUUUUUUAAAAAUUAUUAUUUAAUUGAUCUCAUCUCAGCAUCGUCUUGCUUCUGCAGAGGCUUUACAGUACAGUUGCAUUUCUGCUGCAUGUGAAAGUGGACAGUGGGGAUGUUUGACAUCUUUCUCUGGGCCUAAAAGGACUCCUUUCUUUCUUCCUCUUGCUUGGCUAAUGGUUCAGUCUGUGGCGGAGAUGAACUGAACUGGAUGCAGUUCUGCUUUUACCGGUGCUCUUGAGAUGCCUCUUUUUUUGUAGUGAAUGGAAGUGCUGUGUUUAAAAAAAAAAAAAAAAAAAAAAAGUUUGGUCAUGGUUUUUUUUCCCCUCACUGGUGCAUCUAUUACUUCAUGUGUCUUCCUUCUUUGUGAGUUCAUUUUGAGGGGAAUUUAUCUACUUUUUCCUACAGUCAUCCCUGUUAAUGUCUAAUGAAAAAUAGUACAUUUAUGGUAUGUGUUGAGUCUUAAGACACUACAAGGCCGCAACUGGUACACAGUCAGAGUUUUGUCGCAGCAAAGAUUGUACUAUGACAGGAGCUAAACAACAUUUAAACUGAUGAGAUGGAGUGAGUUUAAACAGCUGAACUACAUUUGUAUCUGAGAGAUUAAAUCUGAGGUUUUCAAAGUGGGGCUUGGAGGGAGAGAUGUGAGGCAAAGAUACUGUGUGACAAGGUACUUAAAAAUCCUUUUCCAACUCCAUCUCGUAGUCAUGAACAUACUUUUGGAUUAGAUGUAAUUUACACUUUUUGAGAAUAUUAUUAUCCCCAAUGUCCAUCGUGAAUAAAUAUCCACAAGACUGCCAAAAAAUCACGUAAAAAAGACGAUGCUUACAACCCCAGACUUGCCUGAGAAUCAUUGCAUUUUAAAGUUUUCAUCGAUGCAAUGCAAUCAAUGCAAUCCAGUGAUAGUUGCCUGUUUAUCCUUGAGUAUAUUGUAAACAGGAAAUGCUUAUAGCUAAUUCAGCAUACUUUUCAUGGUGCCAAUUUUUCAAAAUCUAAACAAUGCAAAAAAUUGUUAGCUCACACGAAUUGGCUCUAUUAUACUUCCUGCCUGUAUUUAGCUAGAAAAAGAAAAGAUUUACUAUAGAAUAGUUAAUUUUCCAUAGUAAAGUCAAGCACACUGAAGGAAAACAUCCUUAAAAGAAGAGUGCUGUAAUGUAAGAUAGGCUCUCUUUUGUCAUGGCAGCGGUAGCCAUGGUUACAAGCUCGUCGUCUCUGAUGUGACACAAAGGUUAGGGAGGAAAUGAGUCUGCAGACUGAGCUGGAAGACGUUCAGCCUUCAGGGUCAGAAGGAGAAAAGACUCUUACUGUGGACACGCAGGUAAAAUCACAACAAGAAGUAUUCAGAUCCUUUACCUGCAGCUUCUCAUGCCCGCCCUGCUCGAAUUGCGUCCUGCCCCUGAAUUGUGCCCUGUAUGACACCCCUGUUAAAGUAUGUGUAUCAAUAAGUUAAGUCUGAUGUGUUGAUCAAUAAUGGGUUCACCUUGAUCUCACAUUUUCAGCUCAUCAUUUGUUAGUCUUCCUUGGCACUCCUGAUCUCUGAUAAAUAUUUUCAGCAAUAAGAGGAAACAGUCU